CCUCGCGGUGCCCGGAAAGCGGGGCGGGCCGGGCUGGGAAGGCGACAGGAAGGAGCGGCCCGGGCCAUGGCGGCGCCCGACGCGCUGCUGGUGAUGGGCGUGAGCGGCUCGGGGAAGUGGGAAGCCAAGGCUCGCGGCCCCUGCCGCUCCUCCCCACGCCAGCCUGCUCGUCCUCGGGCGCCGGGCCGGGACCCCCUCCGCGACCCGGGCUCUCCGACUGUGAAACCGGCAGGCUCCAGCGACUCCGGGCCGGGAAGGCCCGUUGUAGGAGGCGCCUGCGAGGACGCAAAGAGUGAAAGGUUGGCAGGAUCGACAGUGGGCGCCCAGCUGGCAUCCAAGCUAGGAUGGAAAUUCUAUGACGCGGAUGACUACCACCCGGAGGAAAAUCAAGUGAAGAUGGGAAGAGGGAUUCCGCUGAAUGACCAGGACAGGAUUCCAUGGCUCUGCAACUUGCAUGACAUUUUACUAAGAGAUGUAGCCUCAGGACAGUGUGUGGUUCUAGCCUGUUCGGCCCUGAAGAAAAUGUACCGAGACAUCUUAAUACGAGGAAAAGCUGGUGCAGCUCUGAAGUCUGAGGAGUUGGGAAAGGAAGAAAAGCCAGGUGAAGUCCAGCUCUUGGUGGUCCACCUCACUGGGUCAUUUGAGCUCAUCUCUGGGCGCUUACUCCAAAGAAAAGGACAUUUUAUGCCCUCUCAGUUGCUGCAGUCCCAGUUUGACACUCUGGAGCCCCCAGGAGCUCCAGAAAACUUUAUCCAAGUAAGUGUGGACAAAAAUCUCUCAGAAAUAAUUGCUACAAUUAUGGAAACUCUAAAAAUGAAAUGAAAAUUGUUUUUUAUCAAUGGUCCAAACAGAAUUAGGCAUCCAUUGCUAUCCUAUCCCAGAACUUGUUCCAGGCUCCUGACCCUUGUUGUGUUCUAAAUUCUUAAGGUGAACGAACUACAGAGUAUUAAGAUAGGCCUCUCUGGAUGCAUUUUUAGGAAUCACAUGCUGAUCCUAGGAAUCACAUCCAGAGAAGAGAGGAAACUUUAAAAGUCAAGUUUAAAUUGUAGUUUAAAUUCACACAAUCAAAUGAUCAGAAGAAAUUCUAUAAUCAAUGACAGAAAUCACAUUUAGAACUUUCUUGGUCACCCCUUCAUUUGUACAAAUAAAUGAAACUCCAAUCAACAAGCACUGAUGUGUUCCAAUGCUGGGGGCAUAAGGCUGUGUGGGAUUUAUCGAGAGAUGACCUGUGUUCUGUGGUCAUUCAAGGACAUUUUUGUGUGUGAUUUUUGUUUUAUGAGCUGCCUUAGAUAACAAAGAUACAGUUUAGCCCUUAGAGGCUAUAAUGGCGAGUUUGAGUUGAAAGCAGAACCUGAUGCGUGUGUGGCAGAAGUGAAACCUCCAUACUGGCUCAUUCUGCGGCCCCCCAGGCACUGUGCUGGAGGCUGGGGAAGAAGAAAUGUAGAUGGAAGCCCGUCCUCCAGAAUGGGGCUCUGAACAGGCAAACAGAUAGCUCCAAAAUGUGAUAGAAAGCAAGCACAGACUGUAUGGGCUCCAAGUCCAGCCUAGACAUCUGGAAAACUUCAGCAUCUUCACAUUAUAGGUCAGCUGCUAUCAGACUCCCAGAGGCCAACAAAGCCAGUAGUUCUGUGAGGAAGGCCCUUCAUCCACCUGCAUUUGUUAUUCACAGUGAUCUACUGAUGGGCACAAAUAUACAAGUACUCCCCUGUGUUCAUCUAGUGUAUUCGUGCCCAAGAGCUGUUUUAGAAAUUUCUAGGGAUAUUAAUGGUCACAGUGAUGGAUAGCCAUGAAUGGGGUGGAGGUGUGGGCACUGGCAUUUAGGGGGCAAAGGCCAAGGAUGCUAAGCAGACUUUGUACAAUACCUGGAUAGUUCUUCAAAAUAAAGAAUUGAUUUUCAAGCUGGGCAAGGUGAUGCAUGCCUCUAGUCCUAGCUAUACAGGAGGAUCACUUGAACCCAGGAGUUCAAGACCAGCCUGGGAACACAGUGAGACCCCAUCUCUUAAUAAAAAAAAGAUCUUCAGGUGUCUUCCUGGGGGACACUCAUGUAGGACCAAAUGAAAAACCUGUUUAUAAUUACAGGCAGUCCCCAGGUUACAAACAAGAUAGGUUCUGAGGGUUUGCUCUUAAGUUGAAUUUGUAUGUAAGUUGGAAUGAGUACAUUUACCUGUUACUACUAAUAGCCUCUGCUCACAAGUGUCAAUGGAAUGUCAGUUGGAUGCUUGACUUGGGGCCUUGCUGUAAUAACCCCCAUUCGUAAGUGUGAGUUGUACCUAAGCUGGAUGUACAUGAAAAUCAUUUUUGCAGUGUUAAUAUACAUUGAAAUUUCCAAGAAUGUAAUAACCUUAUAAAUAAAAUGGAAUUUAAUUAUCCUUUUAACUUUACAAACAGUUGCUUACCAUUUCAGAAAAUUUUGGUGUAUUUGUCCCCAACACAACAUCACUGCAUUCACUGCAGUGAUUUGCUGAUGGGCACAAGCAUACAGUUACUCCAUCACGUUCACCUACUGUAGUUGUGCCCAAGCAGUACAGAUUGACAGCCAGUUUAUUAAGAAAGUUACUUUCAUGUCUCUUUUAUAUUAAAUUGUUCGUAUUAGUUAUUUGCUUAGUUUCAUUAGUAGCUGAUUGCAUUUUGAGAUGGUAAAGAAAAUAUGGCAUUAGAAAAUAGUUAAUAAGGAGGUGCUGAGUCUGAUGGAUUGAGAAGUGCUAUUCCCCUUCCCAAAUGCCACCCCAGGGAGGCUGAGGUGUCAGCUAGCACUGCCUUCUGGUGGCCAGGGGUUAGGGACACAACAGCCCUUCAGC